AGAAAGACAAUGUUGUCCACCUGGGUGCUGGUCUGGUUGGUCUCCCUGAGGACCUUGUCCACAGCGCUGGAUCCGACCCUGGAGGGGACAUGGAGAGACUGGAAGGCCACUCACAGUAAGGAAUAUGGCCUGGGGGAAGAAUCCUUUCGGAGAGCCGUGUGGGAGGAGAAUCUGAGGAUGAUCCACGACCACAACAGCCAGGCUGAGCAGGGAAAACACACCUACAAACUCGGGAUGAAUCACUUUGGUGACCUGACCCAUGAAGAGAUUAACCAGAGGCUGAAAUGUUUCCUUCCUGACUCGGAUCGGGCAGCUCUCAAGAACGCCGUCCCCUUCCAGCCCUCCGAAGACCUGCAGGUUCCCCCCGGGCUGGACUGGCGAGCCAAAGGGGCCGUGACUGAGGUCAAAGAUCAGUGGAUUCGUGAAAUCCUGCAGACGAAGCUAAAUUCUUUCCUCCGUUAA